AUAGGUGACACUGGUACACGCUUUCGUUUGGACACUAUGGCAUUCAAAUUUCUCGCUGUUUUCGCAGUCCUUGCGGUAGCCAAUGCAGGGCUACAGCAACCGAUACAUCCCGUUUACCAUGCGGCACCGAUCAACUUCGCGCAACCAGCUCUUUUCAAGCCCCACACCACGCAGCAACGCGUACAACCAGCCUUGAUCAACGCGGUACCACAACCGACGCUAGUUAAAUCCUACGCCCAGCCUACACUAGUGAAAAGCUACGUUCAACCGACAGUAGUGAAGAGCUACGCGCAGCCUGCCAUCCUGAAGAGCUACGCUCAACCAACCUACGUUAAGCAGGUGGAGCAAUACGCACCAGCGAAUUACGAGUUCUCUUACUCGGUUCAUGAUUCACAUACCGGUGAUAUCAAGAGCCAGCGCGAGUCCCGUCAUGGAGACCAAGUGCAGGGUCAAUACAGCCUGCUGGAUGCGGACGGCCACCAGCGUAUCGUUGACUACACGGCCGAUGACCACAAUGGAUUCAAUGCGGUGGUUCGUCGCGAACCGACGAAUGUGAAAGUGGUCCAGCCAGUACAAAAAGUAAUUGCACAGCCAGCCUACGAUGGUCAUUAUUAA